AUGUCCCAGUUGAAUCCCUUCCAAAAGUACUUGACUCCUAUAGCGCUCGAGGAAGAGGGGGCGCUGCGACAUAUCGUCAUGUCCGUCGCUGCGAACCACUUGACCAUGGCCGAUCCGUCGCCAAAGAUGGCUCUCGCAGCCCAGAGCCAUCGAGUAUCAGCCAUUGCCUGCCUCAGGGAAGCGUUGAACAACGCCGCUCUGCGAUCCUCCGACUCUGCGCUCGCCACUGUGUUGGUCCUGGAGAUCAGCAAGCAAUUCGAUAACGCUCCCCGUCAUGACAUCAACCACCUCGUCGGUGCUAGGGAGCUUAUUCUGGAGCGAGGUGGUCCGGAAUCCCUGACAUCCCCCUGUUCGCGUUUCCUCUUGACCCAGCUCCUCUACCGUGACUUCCUCUCUGCCGUAUCCCGGGGCGACCGACCUCUCACCGAUCACCAGUGGCUCAUCAAACAGGGCGAUCUCCUGGAUCCAUGUCUCGGCUACGACGCCACCAUCCUACGGGCGAUGGCACGGAUCAGCGAGUUGAAGGCGUGGAAGGAAAAGCGACCGUCGGCGAACAACGACCUCGGUCUGGACCUGACGGUUGCGGAAAUGGAGAUUGAAGGGGAGUUAAUGUCGUUGAGUGUGUCUGCCUCUGAUCAAGACCAGGCGCAUACAGCAGAGGCACAUCGUUCUGCAGCUUUGAUCUAUCUCUAUCGUGUUGUGUAUAAUAUCGGCGCUCCACAUCCGCUUACUCUAUUUCAUGUUCGACGCUGUUUAGAUGCUAUCGCUUCUGUUGAUUCCUCGUCCCCCCUCGUCUCUGCUCAUGUCUGGCCGCUGUUUACGGCGGGAUGUGAAGCGACGGAGCGACGGGACAGGGACUUCGUCCGACAACGGCUGACGGACAUGUAUCAUCAGCGGAAGAUACGAUCUCUCAAGAAGGUCGGGGAGCUGAUGGAAGAGGUCUGGAUUAAUAAGGACGUAAUGGCCGUCGAGGGAGCAGAACAGAUGUGUCGCGUAGGCUGUAUCGAGGUGAUUACUGGUCUCGGUGAGGAGUUCCAGUUGGUAUAG